UUUGUAAUCUUCUACGUGGCUUACUAUGUUCGCCCAGUUCACAAACGACUCAAGCAAUCUGGCGUGCAUCGCGUCAUUUGUUCAUGCCUAGGCUUCAAAUGGCACCGCCUGAUGGCAUGGACGAGAAAUCCUAUAUCGAAUUGAACAUGCUGGAACGUGGAUGUCAAUUUUGUGGAUAUUCUGGCGAUACCGUUAAGGUUAUUUGGGCUUUUAGAGUUAGGACGUGCAAAAUUUGUUUAGAUGGUCGGACUGCGAGAUAUUUAGAAUUGGUGACCAAAGAAAACAUUCCCGAAAUCAUUCUCACUAGCCUUCCAUACAUCGGAUAUUACGCUGAACGUUUUUAUUGGCGUGACAGUGUCAUUUCAGCAACGCAAGAAUAUGACAAACUCGCAUCCGAGGAAGACCAACAUAGCUGGCUAGUAAUGAAAAAACUUGAAAAUGUACACAGAAUGUCGGAUGCUACGGUUCGUGAAGAUGCUAUACUUGAACAAGAGUGGAACAAGAAUUGGCGAUUUAUACAUAAUCGAAUGGAGAAUGUGUUGAGAAAACUGCAGGAUCAGCUGAAUUUGUUACAGGAUUUAUCAGAAUUUACUUGA